UGGUUUUACACUUUUACCCCUUGAGUACCCCGCUCAGAGAGAGAGAGAGGCAAGCGGCGCGUCUCGAAACAAUUCAGAUUUUCAAGAAUGGACCUUCUCUGCAACGCGUACUCAAAUGCUUCAGACGAUGAAGACGACGAACCCAAACCUCAAAUGCUUCAAUUGCCUCUUUCGAAGCGACACAAACCCAAUUGCCCUGAUCUUCCUUCAAAAAUCCUGUCCAAUUAUCGUCCCAACUGCUCCUCAAACCUUCAAGGAGAAGCCCCGAUUCCCGGCAGAUACGUCUCCAAAAGAGAGCGAGCAGCUUUGGGUUUGAUUCCUGGCCCCGACCGGCCUCCCGCUGUGGCCGCAUCGUCUCAUAUUGGAAGCAUUUCUGAUGCUGAUUUACCAUGCCAUGUUAUAUCAUUGUUGAGGAGUAAAUCAAAGGGUCACAUCCAGCUAGGCAAAGUUUCUCAAAGGGCGUAUAUAGCUCUAAACAGCCACAAAAAGGCCGUCAAUGCUAUACAAUGGUCAUCAAGUCAUGCUCAUCUUCUUGCUUCGGCUGGAAUGGAUCAUACUGUCUGCAUAUGGAAUGUAUGGAGCAGAGAUGAGAAGAAAGCACGUAUGUUAGCUAGUCAUAAUGCAGCAGUGAAAGAUGUCAAAUGGUCACCACAAGGACUUUCUAUCCUUUCUUGCGGAUAUGACUGCUCAUCCAGGUUAACUGAUGUUGAAACAGGGAUGCAAAAACAGCUUUUCACGGAGGAUCAGGUGGUUGGAGUGAUAAAAUUUCAUCCAGACAACUCCAAUCUCUUCCUUUCGGGGGGCUCAAAGGGCUUCCUAAGAUUAUGGGAUAUUAGAGCUGGAAAGGUGGUCCAUGAAUACAUUCGAGAUCUCGGUCCAAUCCUUGACAUUGAAUUCACCAUUAAUGGCAAGCAAUUCAUCUCAUCCAGUGAUGUAUCUAAAGGCAAUGUCAGUGAAAAUGCUAUUAUUGUCUGGGACCUGUCACGACAGGUUCCACUGUCUAACCAGGUUUAUGUGGAAGCCUAUACAUGUCCCUCGUUGAGGUGCCACCCAUCUGAACCAUAUUUCGUCGCACAGUCAAAUGGAAACUACAUUGCAAUAUUCUCAUCCAUGCCACCUUUCAAGCUGGACAAGUACAAGAGGUUUGAAAGCCAUGGGGUUUCUGGAUUUCCCAUCAAGUGCAAUUUCAGCUUGGAUGGAGAGAAACUCGUCUCAGGCUCGGCAGAUGGAUUUAUUUACAUCUACAACUUUAGAUCCUCUGAGCUUAUCCAAAAAAUCAAGGUGUAUGACCAGGCAUGCGUAGAUGUGGUUUUCCAUCCCCUUAUACCUAAUGUGAUCGCUUCAUGCAGUUGGAGCGGAGAUGUUUCAGUGUUGGAGUGAAAUUGCAUAUUUUUGUUAGUCUGGUAUGCUAAAAAGCUACAUUAAGGAAACGGAAUCACUGAUAAAAGCAGUCUUAACCAUUUCACUCCUUCAGGAAAGUCGAAGAAAUGAUGCAGAGAUGAUAUUAGGUCCAAAUUCUUUUUUGGUCCUGUGGAAAUUCCAGCUUCUUUCUUCCAAUGUUGUGGUACAAAUAUGUGACAUUACAUCUGGCUGCUUUUAUUACCUUGCAUUUUUUUAAAAAAAAAAAAUGUAAAUACUGUACUAAAUUUUAAGGAGCAAAUUUUCAUAUGGAUAUUUAGGAUGAACGACCUGGAUAGUAGGAUUUGUAAUCAUACUUGUAUUUAAUGUUUCUUAAUAAAUUAUUUCCCUUUGAGAAA